AUGGACUUUCACUCUGGCGAGGCCUCUGGUGCCGCCGCCGUUGCAAAUGAUGAUUACACUGGAACCGACAACGGCGAUGGUUUGGAUAUAGUUUUGAACGACGACGAUUGUCGUGAUGACGAUGUUCAUGGUGAAGGUUUGGACAACAACAAUAAAGAGUGCUUUGAGAAGUCGAAAGUUGGCUCAGACUUUGUUACCGCACUUGGUGUUAAUUAUUUAUUGUUUCAGUCAAUUUUGGUUCCAUAUGGAAAUGAAAGUGCUCCUUGGUCUUCUGAUUCUUCUGAUUUCAAUCCUAUGAUGAAGAAUGUGAAUAUUCCCAUUAUUGAAGAUGAAGGAAUGCACAUCAACUCAAAGAGUAGUUUAGUCUUUGAUGGUGUUUCUAAAAUUGGUUAG